AUAGGCAACCCAGACGCACGCAAGAUGACACUAGGAGGGAUAGGCGUAGAGAGAGGACUCCUCCCAGAGACGCGCCAGCAAAGGUGUCGGAAGCCCAUCAGCAACCCAUCCAUGGGGAUUUCAACACCAUCGCAGGAGGCUUCGCAGGUGGGGGAACUACCUCGGCAGCCUGCAAAAGGUACACUCGGUCAGUGUUGACGGUGUCGGAGUUCAGGCGACCAUCUCAACCUGAGAUCUCGUUCUCAGACGCGGAUUACGAAGGAGUAGCCCCUCAUGAGGAUGACCCCGUCGUCGUAUCGGCGAUUGUCAUGGGGUACAAUGUGAAGCGCGUGUUGAUUGACCAGGGAAGUUCCGCAGACAUUUUAUUCUGGGAAACCUUUGAGGGGAUGAAAAUACCUAACGACCGACUAAUUCCUUAUGCAGGGACUCUAGUUGGUUUUGCAGGAGACCAGGUCAUCGCAAGGGGAUACGCCAAUCUGGAAACGACCUUCGGCCAGGGAGCUCAGAUGAAGACGGUGCUCGUUCAGUAUUUGGUGGUCGAUGCUCAGUCAUCGUAUAGUAUACUGAUCGGCAGGCCGACUCUGAACAAGCUGGGAGCAAUAGUGUCUACUCCCCAUCUGAAGGUAAAGUACCCGUUGCCGAGUGGCGCUGUGGGGGUUCUCAAGGUGGACCAGGAGGUUGCCCGGAAAUGCUACGGGGAUAGUUUAAAGGCGCGAAGGCGACUGUACACUAAGCGGGUAGAGAGGGAAGUCCACUCUGUCGAACUGGAUCCUAGAAUGGGUCAGUUCGACCACCGACCCGCCCCAGCAGAAGACGUCAAAGAAGUGGAGGUAAUGGAAGGGAGAAAUGUGAAGAUAGGUACCUCUUUGACUCCCGAAGACGAAGAGAAAUUGGUGACGAUCCUAAAGGACAAUGUGUCGGCAUUCGCAUGGCACUCCAGCGACAUGCCUGGAAUUGAUCCAAAUUUCUUGUGCCACAAGCUAGCCAUAGACCCUAGCGCGAAGGCAGUGAUCCAGAAGAGAAGGAAGUUUGGUGAGGAAAAACGAAGGGCUAUCGCGGAAGAGACGCGGAAGUUAGUGAUGGCAGGACACGUCCGAGAAAUCCAAUAUCCGACCUGGUUGGCAAACGUAGUCAUGGUGCGCAAGAGCAGCGGGAAGUGGAGAAUGUGUACGGACUUCACCGGCCUUAACAAGGCCUGCCCAAAAGACUCGUACCCGCUGCCGAACAUAGACUGCCUGGUGGAUGGAGCAUCGGGAUACGAGUUGCUAAGCUUCAUGGAUGCCUACUUGGGGUACAACCAAAUCCGAAUGCAUCCCGCUGAUGAGGACAAGAUGGG